AUGGCAUCAACAAAGCUCGGAUCUGCCACCAAUGCAGAUAUCCUUGCGCAUAAUAUUAACUCUCUCAGUGGUUCUGAGAUUGCCACUGUCCUAGUCUGCCUUCCGGUAGUAGCAUUCUGGUAUCUUCAGGGCUUAGGAAGUAAGAAGCCACUAGCGAAAUCCUCUGGCUUCAGGAAACCGCUCGGUAACAAUGGCACCCGAGACAUCGUUGAGCAAAUGAAAGUUGCCGACAAGAACUGCGUCAUAUUCUUCGGUUCACAGACAGGGUUUGCUGAGGAUAUCGCUGCGCGCCUCGCAAAGGAGGGCCCCCGGUUUGGACUGAAGACCAUGUUGGCCAACCUUGAAGACUACAACUGCAACAAUCUGAACGAAUUCCUAAGCAUAGCUGUAGCAAUGUUCAUCAUGGCUACGUCCGGAGAAGGAGAGCCGACAGAAAAUGCGCAAGAUUUUUAUAAUUUUAUCACGGCGGACAAUGUCACGUUUGACAAUGGCGGCUCUGAGCUGUCAAAUCUUAAGUAUUUGUGCUUUGGCCUAGGCAACUCCACUUACGAGCACUUCAAUGCCGCCUCGGAAAAAAAUCGACGGCACAUUGGAAAGCCUUGGUGCCCAUCGAGUCACGCCGGCCGGACAUGGUGA